CAGAACCAACUGACAUCAUUGUGGUUGUAUGAACUGUGUCCAGGUGCAUUUUUUCCUCAUUCAGUAGUAUUAACUGUAUCUAGCCUGCUGCUUUUCCUUAAUACCCGUCUUUGCUUCACUAAGAAACAGCACAGCUCUGUGACCUGUUAUCACUAUCCUUUGGAGAUACCAUGAGUAAUCCGAUUGGAGAUGAUGCACAAUCUGUCCAAGAUGAAAAAGACCGUGAGGGUGAAUUGCUCUGCUUGAAGAUUAAAGCCCAGUUGGAGGAUUUGCUCUCCGACAGCCACCUGGCAGAGGACGGCUUCCUGCUGAAACAUAUGCAGAAGAACAAUCAGGGCUACGUCAGUCUCAAGCUCCUCACUUGUUUGAAAAAGAUAAAGGUCCUGACCACCAACUGGUACAUGACUCUAGCAGGAGCAGAGUACUCAGAACUUCUGGAGGUGAACGAUGAAUGCACCAAAGUGAGGCGGAUACAGCCACUUCCCAAAUGGCUGCUGUGUUCCCCCACUACCAAGCUCCUCCUCGCCUGGAAUCUUUCUGUGGAGAAAACAACUGGAGAAGACAGAGCGGCUCGAGGCCUGGAGCACCCUUUACUCUCAGAGAGGAUCCUCCAAAAGUUCAGUACUUUUGGCAACAUUACUUCAGUCUGGAUCCUGCAUCCUGGCAAAGAGCUUCCCAAAGAGCUACAGCGCUAUGCCAAGUGUCACAAAGAGCUCGGCCAACAUUUGUGUGCAGUGGUGAAGUUUGAUCAUUUGGGGGAAGUUCGUAAGGCCUACAACGCCCUGAAAGCAGAAGAGAAGAAGUCUAAUGGUGAGGGCAUGUGUGUGGUACCUUUGGGAUUCCAGUCAAUGCACCAAGUGGCCAAGGACGAACCAUCAGAGGAAAACAAAAAGGACCAACCUGAGGACACACCUUCCCAGGAAAAUCCACUUGAAACCUCAGGGGAUUCAGUCCAGGAGGAACCCUCCGCACCAGUUAAAGUUUCUGACAAGACUCCAGACACAUCUCAGCCCCAAACAUCCUUGGAUAACUCCAUGCAAAAAACCUUUGAGCAGAUCUCCACCAGCUGUAACAGCCAGUCCCUCUCCGGUUUGAAUCAGAGGUACAGUAAGACCAGCUGGUGCUCUGGAGACUGUGAUAAAGAGAAUUCUCGGAGCCCCUGGGUGCUAAGGCGCAAAUUUGCAGCCAGUGUAUUAAACCCCAAGGUGGCUCGGCACGUGAAGGCGCCCUGCUUAGUGCUGCGUCAGCCCUUCGGCCCUGAUGGCACCAAGGGCUUUCAGAGCAGAGGGAAACUGCUGCAGCAUGAAGAGCUCAAAUUCUCCCUUGGAAGUUGUAACACCACUAGUGCUCAGUAACAGUUUUGAGAUAGCAGAUAACAGAUUUGUGGAGCAAAAAAAUUUUUUAUAUAUGUAUAAGCUGAUGAAGGAAAUAAAAAAUGUUUUGC